UCGGUAUUGAGACACAAUGCAGUUACGAAGUUUAGUUCUAGUUAUAGUUAUAAUAGCAAAUAUAAUUUCAAUAACAAAUGCGGCACGAAUAUUAGGAGUAUUUCCAACUCCAUCGAUAAGCCAUCAAGUAGCGUUCCGGCCGUUAACACACGAGCUAGCAAGAAGAGGUCAUGACGUCACAGUAGUAACCCCAAACCCAGCCUUCCCCAAAGGCCAGGCUCCAGCUAACUUGACUGAGAUCGAUGUCCAUUUCUCUUUCGGUGACUCAGCGGAAGACAUUGCCAAGCCUCUAGGAGAUAAAAAAGAAAGUAUCCGACUGAUUCAGUCUACUUUUGAAGGUCUAAUAGGAUUAUUUGAAAUGCAGUGGCAAAUUCCAGAAGUAAAGAAAUUGUUUGAUCAGAAGUUCGAUUUAAUAAUCGUAGAAGAGCAUAUUCGACCUACUUUGGGAUUAGGUCAUGCAUUCAAAGCUCCAAUUAUUCAAUUCAGUUCAUUGGGAAGUAAUCCUCCUGUUUACAAUAUGUUUGGAGCACCUUCGCAUCCUCUCUUGUAUCCACAUAUAGCCGCACAAAGGCUAUACAACCUUACUCUAUAUGAAAAGGCCGAAGAAUUAUUGAAGUAUUUUUUCAUAGAAUAUACUAUGUCAUCCAUAGUGGAAUUUGAAUAUCAAAUGAUGAAAAGAACUUUUGGUAACGACGUUCCGAGUUAUAAAGAACUGGAGAAGAAUGUUCAGUUGUUGUUUUUAAAUGAACAUCCGAUUUGGGCGGAUAAUCAUCCUGUGCCUCCUAGUAUCGUUUACAUUGGAGGUAUUCAUCUAACUCAAAAACGAGAAUUACCUAAGGAACUUAAAACAGUUUUAGAUUCAUCGAAGAAUGGGGUAAUAUACAUUAGUUUCGGUUCUAACGCCAAAUCUUCCUUGCUUUCACCUGAAAAGGUUGCUGCAAUGACGAAGGUAUUGUCUAAAUUACCAUAUGACGUCAUAUGGAAAUGGGAAACAGACGAGCUACCAGGAAAAUCAAGCAAUAUAAAAAUUUAUAAAUGGCUUCCCCAAGCUGACCUUUUAAAACAUCCGAAAGUCAAGCUAUUCAUAACUCAAGGAGGUAUCCAGUCAGCAGACGAAACCAUCGAUGCUGCCGUACCUGUUAUAGGUAUACCAAUGUUUUAUGAUCAAUGGUACAAUGUCGAGAAAUUCGUUAAACAUGGAGUUGGUCUGCAAAUAGAAUUGUCCGAUCUUACUGAGACAACUUUUGAGAGCGCAGUGAGAAGAGUUAUUGAAGAUAAAAGUUUCAAGAACAACAUCAUAAGACUCCGUUCGCUCAUGAGGGAGCAUCCAGUGCCGCCACUAGAGCUUGCUGUGUGGUGGGUGGAGCAUAUACUGCGACAUGGCGGUCAGCACCUGCGCUCCCCCGCAGCGGGGCUCACCUGGACACAGUAUUAUGAAGUGCCCUUAGUCUUCACUGUUUUAGGCGUGUGUUUUAGUGUCCUUGUAGUUACAGUUUUACUGGUAUUGUCUUUGAUACGGUUAGUGACGAAGUAUGUUUGGGGCAAAAGUGAUAUACAUAAUAAGCAAAAAAUUAAUUAGGUAACUUAUGUUAGUGAAAUACAAUAUUUUU